UAGUUUCCUAUAAAAGCACCACAAUGCCGAAACCCUAGUUUUUCUUCUGUCAGGUCUUCGCAGCUCAGCUCAGGCUCGUCUAGAGAAUUCGGUGCUCUUGGGACAUAAUUUGGCUGGCGUUUAUGUGUUGGCAGGUAAUGGCUCCAAAACAGCCAAAUACUGGUCUCUUUGUAGGGUUAAACAAAGGUCAUAUUGUGACCAAGAAGGAAUUGCCUCCAUGCCCGUCUGAUCGUAAAGGGAAAUCAAGCAAAAGGGUCCACUUUGUGAGGAAUGUAAUCAGGGAAGUUGCUGGUUUUGCACCAUAUGAGAAGAGGAUCACUGAGCUUUUGAAAGUUGGAAAGGACAAGCGAGCAUUGAAGGUUGCUAAAAGAAAGUUGGGUACCCACAAGAGGGCAAAGAAGAAGCGUGAAGAGAUGUCUAGUGUUCUCCGCAAGAUGAGGGCAACCGGAGGUGGAGAUAAGAAGAAGUAAGCUUGACUUCUGACUUCAUCAUAGAUAGAUGAGUUUGUUUAUCUUAUGCUGUUUUUCGAUUACUCUAGAACAUAUUGAAAGCAUUAAAACGUUUAUUCUGCUGUGGCAUUUUUUUUGUUUGGAGAAAUAUUUAGUUAUCUGAUUUCAAUUCUUUGUUGCUUAA